AUGGCUAGUCCACGUACGCGACGCGUCCUUAAGGACUUGAGGCCUACGAACGAGAAUAAUGUAAGUGUUGUUAUCUAUGAUAAAUUGAAAGCUAAUUAUUGGCGUUUCUAUGUUAUUAUUAUUACUGGUUUUUCAGCAAUGUUUUGAAUGUGGAGCUGGAUGUCCACAAUGGGCAUCUGUUUCGUAUGGUAUUUGGAUUUGCUUGGAAUGCUCUGGCAAACAUCGGUCUCUGGGUGUGCAUCUAAGGUAAGGUCGAUUUUUUCUGUAUUUUAAUAUUUUAGUUUUGUGCGAUCUAUAACUAUGGAUAAAUGGAAGGAUUUGGAGUUGGCCAAGAUGAAAGCGGGUGGAAAUAAACACGCAAGAGAGUUUUUUGAGUCACAAGACGAUUAUAGUCCGACUUGGAACAUACACGACAAGUACAACUCUAAAGCUGCCGCUUUGUUGAGAGACAAGGUAGGUAAUGAUUUUUUAACGCUAUAGAUGAAAUAAGCUUGUUUUUUGUUGAUAUUGUUUUGUGUCUCAUGUGCUUUAAAUUCUUGUUGCGAAUAUUUUUAUCAAUAUAAUGUUGUAGAUAAGUUGUGAAGCAGAAGGCAAGACGUGGUCUGCCGAAAACUCGACUGCUAAUAGCUAUAAAGCUCCGUUAUCUACCCAUUCUUCUUCAAAAAAUUCGACUAAAACCAAACUUAAUGAUAACAACUUUAGCUCUUAUUAUGGCGGCGGAUCUGAUGGAGGUUUUCAGAAUAGCGGAUCUAAUUGGAACACGACACAAAGGUAAGAGUAUUAUAAUUUUUUUGCUAUAUUGUCAUUUUUAGCUUUCAUGAUAGCUAUUUAUGUAUUUUUUGGUGCUUUUCGAAUUGAUUUUGGUUGAUUUUUAGCGGAGAUUCUAAGUUUCAAGGCUUUGGGAAUCCAAAUUAUCAAUCUCAGCCUAAGAGAGACGACGAUUUUAUUAGUGGAGCUAUGUCAUCAUUGAGUAUGGGAUGGUCAAUGUUGAGUAAAGGAGCGUCUAGUGCUGCUGACAUGGCCAAGGACAUAACGUCACAAGCGGGCCAAAAAGCGGCUGAACUUGCCAAUGAAAAAGAUGGUGGAUUGUUCUCCUCGUUGGCGUCCAAAGCUUCGGAAGUUGGCAAAUCGUCAUGGGGAGGCUUAUCAAAUUUUGUCAAGUCACCGUCUCUUCAAGGAUUUGCCGGCGGGUUUUCCAAAAAGUAGGCUUUUUAAAACUUCUUGACGUUUAGGAAUGGAUUAAAGUGGUUAUGUUGGCAAAAAUUUUGCUAUUAAUUUUUUACGGUGUCAGCAUUUUUAUAGGUUUUUAUAUAAAUUUUUCAGUCAGUAUGAAGACCUUGGUACGCCAACAAGUGAAAAACGGCCAGAAUUCCCAUCAAACAAUUCAUUUAGUAACUACAGCCAGGAAUAUCAAAGCUAUAAUUCUGAUUCUAACGCGUAAGUCGUAAUUUUUAAAAAGGUGUAAUACUGGUUUGCUAUAUCUAGCUUCAGAAAUUUAAUGGGAAAAUGUUUAGAGACGCUUUUUACGACGCUCCAGCACCAGAAGAACCAAGAAAGUCUCCACGAUCUAAAAAAUGUGAGUUUUAACGUUGUAUUGUAUUGUUUAAUUUAUAUAGAAUUAUUAUAAAAUUCAAAAUAUUUUGGAAGCAUGUUAUUCGUAUUAUUCGCAAAGUUUUUUAUAAUGCUAAUACUAAAGAUUUUUAGUAUGCGAAUUUUUUGAUAAUCGUAUUUUAGCACGAUCCCCAAAACCGGAUUUAGAACCCAAGCUAAGUGCUCCAAAAACUGCUCAAGCACGAGCCUCCGGAAAAAUCAAAAAACCCGAGCCCGAUGCUUUAAUAUCAUUUGAAUCCGACGUGAAAACGAGUAAAGUGAAAAAAGCGGAAAAGCCUAAGAAUGCUGACGACGAUGCAUGGGAUCUUCUAAAUCAGUAG